GAUUGAAACUUCUGACAGGAUCACUUUGCUACAAGAAAUAGAUAAAUCCUCUGAGACACCGGGGAAAACCAUGAUCAAUACAAUGAAGAGCUUUGGGAUUAGAAACGGAUCCCACGUUGCACUGAUACCGAAGAACUAUGGUGAUGAAUAUCAAACCCUCGAUCUGAAAGAAGUAUCUUCAGAGACAUACGAAUCCUUGCAAUAUGUGACCGUGGAGAUGAUCCCUGAAUCACAGCCCUCACAGCCAGUUUUAAAUGCUAUCCAUCUGAAGGGUGGUGAAGAAGAGCUAACAAGGAAAAGGGGUAACCUGCCUGAUCAUAUGAAUAAAAUGAAAGCAAACCUCGAUCGAAAUCUAGCGAUCCCCCAUAUGCUAACUAUGAAGGCAUCUAUCAGUCCAUAUGUGGAUGGUAUCUUUGAAGUGAUGUUCAAGAAACCAGCUAAGAUCCCUCUACCUGUCAAGCAUCUCUUUGACACAUUUGAUGAACUGGCUAUGAAGUAUGCGGGUGGAGGAUUGCCUGAGGAUUGCGCGGAUAAAUGGAAGAAAAAUUGCUUGUCUAACUUCUGGAGUUCAGUUCUCACCAACCUACCAUCGAUGUUUGAGAUGCCGAGAUCAGAAACAGCAGAUAGAUGUGUCAUCGCUCUCGCUGGUGCUCUUAAUGACGCAGCAACGACCAACACCUUGAGACAGGCUGAAUCGGAUCACCUUCCCUACUACAAUGAACAUCCACUCCAGAGAAAGAUGAUGACUGAUUACUGCACCCAGGUAACAAGUCAACCCAAGGUCCGACCAGGAAAGCUGAACAAGGCCUGCUCCUCUAUCUCUAAGGAGUUCAAAGGUCAAUUCAGUCAUCUGUCGAAUUUGUUGCACCUUUACAAUCUCACCAAGAAUGACAUGGAGGGCCUUUUGAAAUAAAUUUACAUCGUGACGUCAUAACACAUUCAACGACUUAAGUACCCUCUUACACCCCGCCGUAAAUACCUUUAGUACCCCCAUAACCUUAACCUUCCAUGUUCCAUUUCGAUGGAUUAGAUGAACAUAUCAGUUUUUUAAUCAGUCAUACAAAUUAAUGUAUUACCGCACUUGGAUACGAAUUAUGCUUAGAAUGCAACAUGAUUCAUUUAUACAGAUGGAAAAAACAGAUAUAUCUUGAAUGUUCAUCUGUACCUCAUAAUCAUCGAACUAUUAUUCUCUUUUUUUCCCCUCGUUUUGAUGGAUAUAUUCUUCUGUUAGUUUUAUAUAUAAAUCUUUAUACAACAAAGUGCAUAAUACUCAAAGCGUAAUAGUCCUAUACCUUCUGUUUAAACUACAUUUGAACUCUAUCAUGUACAUAAAUACACUAUGUUGGAACUAAACAUUUUCAUCUUUACGACCAUUAGAAUGUUUAAGCUGUGAAAAAGGGAAACAGAAAACGAGGUUAUCAUGUCAUUUGUAUGGCAUUAUUUAGUAGUAUUCGUCUGUACACAAGAGGUACAUAGUUUGUCAUGCACUUUAUUUUCAUGUCUAAGAAUUAUGUUAUAUGCAUUGCCUUGUAUUUAACCACGUUUCAACUGAAUAUGAGGGAUAUAAAGAAUGUUGUGAUAUAAUUGAUUUGUUAUAUGGAACUUUCGGUUGUAUUUGGGAUGUAUUAUUGCACCUCUAACAAUUUUACUUUAGAAACGUUGUUGAAUAUUAUGUAUGACUGAUAUGCGAAGGUAUUGAAAACAUACCUACUCUAAAUAUAUCCGGGUAUAUUAUAUUAUUGUAUUGCAUUGGUUUAUUGAGAUAAAUGUCAUCGAAUAUACAGAUGACACUGAUAGCUGAAAUUAUUCAAUUUACAGAGUAAAAGGUACAUGGCAUAUAUUUAACAUAUGAAACAUAACAAGAUAUAGAAAACUUACAAAUACUGUGCAUAUUUAAAUAUGAUUUACAAUUUCAUUGAUGAUAUAAAAUUGCCAUUUGUUUUGAAUUAAAAAUAAAUUUGAUAAUUAAUUUAUAUUAUGAUAUAUGAUCAAUUACCCACUUUUAAACAAAGGUUAUAUAUAAAUCAAGAUGAUAUGUACCAAUUAUUAAUAUAUA